AUGCACUCGAAGUUUCUACGUCUCAAACGAGUUACUACCAAAAUACAAGCUUGCGCUAGAAGGCAUCAAGCACAGAGGAGGUUUGCCGAGGUAAAAGAAGCUGUGCGAGUUCUACAGGUCUAUUUCAGAGCUAUUCUUCUAGGCCGACGGCAGAAGAGAGAGUACGAAACUCAUAGGGCCGCCUGUGUCAAGAUUCAGUCACUGGUGAGAUGUCAGAUUGAAAGAAGAGUUUUCUUACAAAACAGACAAGCGGCGGUCAGAUUGCAGUCCUUUACUAGAAUGUGUCUGGCACGGAAGAGAUACCAGAGACUUUACACAGCCACGUUGUUGAUUCAAAGAAGGUUUAAGGAAUUGCUUUGCGCGAGAAACGCUCAGAGAAACUUUCAAAUCAUGAAACUAUCCGCUAUAAAGAUCCAGUCGUGUUAUCGAGGCUACAGAUGUCGUGAGCAGUUUACACUAAUUAAACAGGCCACCAUUAUGGUUCAAUCCCAUGUGCGUUGUUUCUUAAGCAGAAAGAAGUUCUUGGCUUUAAAACGUGCUUCAACUAUCAUCCAAACUCGCUAUCGUGCCCUGCUGCUUGGGCGUCAACAGAGGCAGAAAUAUCAACACACCCAUCAUGCCAUUGUUCGACUACAGGCAAUGGUCAGAGGGAAGCUUGCGCGUGAAAAUCUACUCAAGCAGCAAAGAUCAGCAGAAGUGAUUCAAACGAAGUACCGGCAGUACUCCGCCGGAAAAAGAUAUCGUCAGCUGAAGAGCUCAACCGUGGCGAUGCAGCGGCGUUUCCGCUCCGUCUUGCUGACGCGUAAACACGUUUGGCGUUACCAGCAGAUGCGAACAUCCGCCCAGUUUAUUCAAGCACGCUACAGAGGGCAUCUCGCAAGAAAGUUCUAUAAGAUGCUAAAAGCUACAGUUGUGUUGCAGUCUGCAGUUCGUGGUUGGGGAGUAAGAAAGGAUAUCAAACAGCAGAAUAUGGCUGCAUUAGCGAUCCAGGGAUUCUAUAGAUGUCAUGUGUACCGUAAGAAGUACCUGGCAAUAAGAAAGGCUACUAUUGUUUUGCAGAAUCAGUAUCGUUUGGUUUCUUUGGGACGUAAAACCCGCUGUGACUUCCAGCGAAUUAGGCUUGCGGCGAUAAAAAUCCAGUCAUCAUUUCGUGGCUGCCAAGUAAGGAAGCAAGUUCUACUUCUCACAAGUGCGAGGAAAAUACAGGCAUUUUAUCGAGGUUAUGUCGCUCGAAAAUCCUACAACAUUUCUCGCAAUUCCAUCAUUAUAGCUCAGGGAGUUGUACGUGGUUAUUUGGCGCGGAAACAUUACUCCAGUCUCAGGAAUGCCACUAUCCUUCUCCAGAGACGGUACCGUGCCCGCGUGAUUGGCAUGCAGCAGUACUUACACUAUCACGUGCAACGUGGUGCAUGCAUUCUCUUACAAGCAGCGGUGCGUGGUUACGUGUAUCGUAAACGGUACCAAGAGAUGAGAAACGCUGCAAUAAUCUUUCAACAGAGGUACAGGGCUAUGACUGCGUGCAGAAAUCAGCAUACCCGCUUUCUAGCUGUGAAAACCGCUGCCAUUUGUAUCCAGGCCUGUGUGCGUGGUUGGAUUGACCGAAAACGGGUAACCGAACUACGAGCGGUGCACGCUAUUCAGGCUACGUUCAGGAUGUACAAAGUCAGGAAGGAGUACGUGGCACUCAGAAGAGCUGUGGUGCAAAUACAGGCUCAAACACGCAUGAUCCAACAGCGACGACAAUUCAACAGUCUCAAGAAGGCGGCGCUUGUUGUCCAGCGGAGGUUCAGAGCGACAGUCCUUUGCAAGCAUGACCAGUUGGUGUAUCACUUCAUCCGGGGUGCGGUUAUUACAAUUCAAAUGGUUUUCAGGGGGCACUUGGUGCGAAAGAGACUGCGUAGAAUGAAUGAGGCCGCUGUUAAGAUUCAAGCUUACACUCGUAGGCUCCUGGCGAGGAAGAAAUAUCAAGCUACCAAGAAAGCUACACUCGUUUUACAACUAAGAUGCCGUGCCUGGUUGCUUGGGCGAGCGGUGGCCCGUAACUACAAUGCAUGGAAGUCUGGUGCGCUUGUAAUCCAAGCAAGUUAUCGAAGGUACAAGAAACGCAUGGAAAUGAAACGUAAUCAAGCAGCUACCAAGAUCCAAUGCGCUUUCCGUCGUCAUACUUGUCGCUUUAAAUUUCUGUCCCAGAAAUCCGCUGCGGUCGUCAUCCAGGCAGCUUUUAGGUGUUAUGUUACUCGACGAUUCUAUCUAAAUCUGCGCUGCGCCUCAACAGUUAUUCAGCAACGGUACCGAGCAGUCAAAAAGAUGAAGGAUGUGCGUCAGCAUUAUAUUGCACAGCGGAAAGCUUUUAUAGCGCUCCAGGCCAGAGUUAAGGGUUGGCUUUGUAGACGACAUUAUAACUCGAUCAGGAUAGCGGCCAUCACUAUUCAGACGCGCCAUCGGGCUGGCAUCAAGGCUCGUGAACACAGAAAAGACUUCUUAGAGUUAAAGAAUGCUACUGUCAUUUUGCAGUCUCACUGGAGAAUGGUCUCGGCACGUAGAAACUAUGAAAAACUCAGAAACGCAGUGAUUAAAAUACAGUCAGUGGUACGCAUGAGGAAGGAAGCAGUGUUUUACGGAAAACUCAGGAAUGCCACCUUGACGUUGCAGAAGAGAUGCAGAGCCAAUCAACUUUGCAAACAACAGCUUGAGCGCUACCAAUCCAUGCGUAAAAGCGCUGUUAUAAUACAGUCACAGUUCCGUGGCUUCAAAGCAAGAAAAUGCGUUCAAAAGAUGGUAGCCGAGAAGCAGAGACGUCAACAAGCAGCAUUCAAGAUUCAGCGGUAUUAUCGAGGAUAUCGCCUUAUGAAGGAAACCUACUUUGCCUAUCACGUGACUCGCGGNGCAACGGUACCGAGCAGUCAAAAAGAUGAAGGACGUGCGUCAGCAUUAUAUUGCACAGCGGAAAGCUUUUAUAGCGCUCCAGGCCAGAGUUAAGGGUUGGCUUUGUAGACGACAUUAUAACUCGAUCAGGAUAGCGGCCAUCGCUAUUCAGACGCGCCAUCGAGCUGGCAUCAAGGCCCGUGAACACAGAAAAGACUUCUUAGAGUUAAAGAAUGCUACUGUCAUUUUGCAGUCUCACUGGAGAAUGGUCUCGGCACGUAGAAACUAUGAAAAACUCAGAAACGCAGUGCUUAAAAUACAGUCAGUGGUACGCAUGAGGAAGGAAGCAGUGUUUUACGGAAAACUCAGGAAUGCCACCUUGACGUUGCAGAAGAGAUGCAGAGCCAAUCAACUUUGCAAACAACAGCUUGAGCGCUACCAAUCCAUGCGUAAAAGCGCUGUUAUAAUACAGUCACAGUUCCGUGGCUUCAAAGCAAGAAAAUGCGUUCAAAAGAUGGUAGCCGAGAAGCAGAGACGUCAACAAGCAGCAUUCAAGAUUCAGCGGUAUUAUCGAGGAUAUCGCCUUAUGAAGGAAACCUACUUUGCCUAUCACGUGACUCGCGGAGCAAUUAUUACCUUGCAGGCGGCAUGCCGCAUGUAUGCAGCACGAACAUUCGUCCGCAAGCUUCGAGCUGUUAUCACGAUGCAGGCUGUAUGCCGUGGGAAAAUUCAGCGGCAAAAGUUCCUGACGAUGAGAAAAAGGAUUUGCAAAGUUCAAGCCACAGUACGCCGCAAUCAAGCCAGAACAAGACUUGAGAGAACGCGAAAAGCGGUUGUUGCAAUUCAGCGGUGGUACAGAGCUCAAAUAGUCAUGAAGAAAACCUAUAAAGAGUAUCAUGAUCUCAGGGAUGCUACAGUCUUGAUCCAGUCUCAUUUCAGACGUCACAGUCAGCGACAGACUUAUCUUUAUGAAAAGCAAAUGGUAGUCGUUACACAAUCUCUAUUGCGGAUGCAUCUCGAAAGGAAUCGAUUUCUUCAAAAGCGUUCGGCGGCCAUCGUAAUUCAACGUCACUAUCGCUUGUGGAUCUUUGGGAAGGAGAUUCGCCAUAGAUACCUGAUGAUGCUAUCGGCAAUUAUCACGAUGCAGGUAUUACUGAAAUGCCAUGUCUUUCUCGGGAUAUGUCCAUACGAUUCUGUUUAAUUGUAGUAACGCUUAGAAAAUUGUGCGUUGAGGUCUCGUAAACAGAUAUUUUCGUUUACAGUCUCCAGAGUGUGAACGUUCCUAAAAGGGUUACCAUCGUUCCCCUGAGAAAAGUUUUGAACGCGCAAAUUUGUAUGUGUUACAGGCUUUACAGAUUCGCGGGGACAUAAUCUAAGGGCGUUUACCAUGAAUCAUAACUGACUGGCCAGACCAGUUCAGUCGUAAAGAGAAUAAGAUCACAUUAAUCAGAAAAUGUCCUAUCAGCUCUGUCUAUUCCUUAUUAUUAGCGAAAAUUCUUGUAAGAGCCUUAUUUCAUUUCCAAAAUGACUAGAAAGCCCAGCCGGCGAUUCCUGACUUUUAUUAAAGUGCCCUUAAACUAAAUUGGUUUUGAGAAGAAAAGGACGUAGGUUGUCAUCAGCUUUUGAGUGAUCGUCUAAUAUAAUUUCAUUCUUUAUUCAAACUUUCAAACGUGUUAGGAUAUCUUCAAUACUGGUAUCCAAUGUUAGCUUGUUUCAGGCCGGUCCAUUUUUGCUAGGGAAAAAACGACUUCGUUAUAUGUCAUUAUAGUCAUUCUUCUUAUCGUUUUCAUAUGAUCGCAUUAUACAAUUAUCUUCGCACGUGUCAUCAUCAUCUCAGUUAUCGAUUUACUGUGCCACUGUGCCUUACCCUGGAGCCGAUUGGAUCUCUUACCCCCGCCCCCCUCCCCCAAUCGGCGUCAGGUGAACGGUGCUUUGGUUCAUCUGAAGGUUUUUCUUUUCUUUUUUCUCUAUUGUACUUUACAGAGCUUUUUCCGAGGUUGGAAAACAAGACGUGAAUUAACCAGACUAAAAUCCGCCGUAUUCAUCCAAUCCAACAUUCGAGGAUGGAUGGAGAGACGAAAAUAUCACCGCACAAGACAGCUCGUCAUCGGCUUGCAGGCUACAACAAGAGCGUGGCUUUGUCAGAAAAAUUAUCGUCAACUCAAAGACGCUACGGUUCUUCUGCAAAGAAGAGUUCGCGGAAACAACGCUGCUACAAAGGCCAGGCAAGAAUAUCUGGCAACAAAGCGCGCAGCCGUUGCACUUCAAUCCUUUUAUCGCGGAUGGCAGGUUCGCCGUUACGUCGUUAAGCUUAAAGCGGUGAUUCUGAUCCAGUGUUGGUUCCGCGCCACUACUGCAGCAAGAAAGGCUAGGGAAGAAUACAAAGCGCUCAAAGAGGCUUCCCUUGUUUUGCAAGCCGCUUACCGCGGAUUCUGUGGGCGGAUGUUCACUCGUCAGCUACGUGCAGCUCGCACUAUCCAGGCUGUGGUCAGAGGAUUCCUCAUCAGAAGAAGGAUUGAAGUAAGAAUUAAAUCUGCGUAGUGUGGGGAUGUGAUUAUAUCUCACUGACUUGUAUUAAGUGCUUCAGUUGAAUUCGGCGGCUUGGAAUCUUUCAUAAACAAAUUAAAAUGAACUGCUUUUUCUGGGCUUUCUAAACCCUAGAUGCCGCGCAGCAGUUGCUUAGCGCCUUUUAAUAUUUGAUCUUUCACAAGGAUUUAUACGACAGAAAAUAAAAGUUUGCCUUUCAUGGAAACAUGCAUCAAACAUAAGAUGGCAUCGGUCCUUCUCAUGGUUGCCACAGAUACGCCGAGAAAAUUUGCAUUAAAAAACAUAAAAACAAAAAAAACAGAGAAAUUGAAAACACGGAUCUGUUUUUCAGCCAAAAAGUCGGGUCACUGUACGUCGUGUUUUGUUGGAAUUUUAUUGAAAAGCACUUUUCUUUACUGAACUGGUCGUAGAAAUAAUACAGGUGCUGUUUCUGAGCCAUGUAUUUGCACUAAUAACUAAAAAAAAAAAACAAUGAUUUUUUCCGUCCUAGCGACAAAAAGCAGAGCGUCUUAUUCAUUUGAAACAGUUUGCUUCAGCCGUGUACCAUCAUAUGAGUGCCAUGAAAAUCCAGCGGUGUUACCGCAGAUCACGUGCUAUGGCUUUGGCAAAGGCCCGGAUGGAUUCUGUGCUUCUUAUACAGGUAUAUACAUGAUAUACGUGUCACAUUGUAUGUUUGUUUUUGCUAUUUAAUUAGUGGAUUACACAAAAUUUCCUUAGCAUGAUGAGUUUAUAAACUGAGAGUAUCUUCUCAUUUGCUGGGUUGGUAAAAUUGGGUUCUUUCGUAAUGGUGUGGUCCAAUAAAUCUUUUCUUCUUUGGGCCAAGUUUUUUCCAUUGUCUUUCCAACAAUUGAAUGAGAACUUUUCAAAUGUAUCUUUCCACAACAAAAGUUUGUUAGGGUUAUAAAGGAAAAACUCUGGAUAGAUAUCUCACUGCUUAUUCAGUUGAAAAACCCUCCUGCGUAAACACUCAGCGAUCCAACUUGAUUUUAAGGGAGAAAGAUGUGCUACAAAGCGAAGUCAAAUCAGGUGAAUCGAAGGAGUGGAAAAAAUACAUCACCUAAACGAUAGCCUAUGCAUAUUUUGCAAGCUUCCCAAAACUGAAGUAAAUGAACUCUUCUACUUUCCAAUCAGAAUUUCCCGUUUCCUGUGUAAAUGGUAUACGGUAGCCUCGGUGACUUUCUGUUCUGAGAUUGUGACGUCAUCCGACCUUGAAUUUGAGCUCUCAGCGUUGUUUAAAGGCGCUGACUGCGUCGACCACUGAGUCAACUUGCUUUCUUAGUACUGUAUAACUAUUAUGGGUCGACAUUCUCUCUACAAAUUUUAAACGUUGGUCGUGUUCUAUCCAAACAGUAUUGGUGGCAGGGUGUUAUGGAACGAAAGCGAUUUGUUAAGCUCAGCGCAACUGCUGUCUUCCUCCAAAGAGCAGCUCGAAGGAUACUGGAGACGAAAAAUAGAAAUGCUGUUAGGAUCCAGGCCCUAGUCCGAGGUGCUAUAACCAGGAAACACUUGAAAAAGAUCCAUCAGUCUGCGCUACAAAUUCAGGUCAGUGGGGAACAGUGUUCGGUUAUAAGUCCCGAAAGUCUCCUUCUUAUGAUCAUGUGAUCGUAUUUUUGAGAUGUGUUAGUGAUUUAACAUCGCGCAAUAACAAUAGACCGGCUAAGAAGAUUUGAAUUCUCUGGAAAUGUGCAAUACAUUAUUUUGCAGAUCCAAAGAAGCCAACGACCGAAAAAACCGAAAUUGACCGACAGAUAGUAUGAUUGAGUAUGCACUGAAAAGCUUGAUUGGCGAUAAUUCAGUGGAAACUGUUACGUAUUCCCUUGGCAGGUGAAUAAAAAGUAUAAAAAAAAUUGCCCGUUCCUUCGGUCCAGUGCAGAGUCGAUGAGCAGUCAUUAACUUAACUGAAAUUUUUGUUUAUCUUCCUUGUCUUUUAUGAUUCUUAUUUUGUAAAUCAUAUUCAGGUUGCGCGCACGAGUGUUGCAGAUAAAAAUGACGAAGUCUUACUGCACUUUUCAAAAACACGUUCUGAAAUUCAAAAGCCGCCUUCACGAUUGCGUUUUUCGCUACCGUCAAUUAUAGUUACGAUCUCAAGCAAUGAACCUUGAAACACAAAAACAAACAAAACGGAUUUAAAUCCACAAAUCAUAAACCAUGACUUUUUGAACCCAUUGAAGUAAACUUUGUUUCAUAAGAGGUCCGCUGGGAUGAUUGACGGCAGUGAAAAACGCAAAAGUCAGUUGGCUUUUGUACUUCCGAAUUCGCGUGGUUUUGAAAAGCGCAGUAAAGAUGUCUUUUCGGAUCUCUAGGCCUUCUGGCGUGGUUACCGAGUCAGAGUUGAAGUGUCCUCUCUCAAGGUAAAAAGAGCGCGCAAGCGCAUCGAGUCUGCCAAUGCUGCAGCAACGGAGUCAAUGAAGCUUUGUAACCGCACAAGGUCUGCUCUAGACUUUCUGCUUCAAUGUAAGAAUAUCAGCAGGAUUGUGGGGUCGCUUGUUAAUCUCGGUGAGUGAACUUGGUCCUCUACACUCAAAUAAAGUCCAAAUGUAGGAUUGUGCUAAGACUAGUAUUCCUGGAAACAUAUAGCCCGCAUUUGGAUACCACAGAAAAACGGCAAGCGGUCGCGUGUCGUGAAAGGGAGUCGGAAACUGUACGGUAGCUAGUAACGUGAAGUGAAUGUAAUAUUAAUUUUAUUACUUUUAAUAAUAAUAGCUCUUUUAAUCCGAAUUUGAUGCUACAUCGGGAAACGGACAAAAACUAGGUGAGCAGUUCUCAUAAAAGUAAAAGUUACACCACUGGUAAAUGUUGUUUUACAUUGAGACAAACUUGGGAACUUCUCUUCCUGUGAAACUACAAAAAUGAGGAAUACGACUAAUGUUUGUUUAAUUAUUCUGUCGUUUCUAAGAGAACUGUAAGUUUUCAAGUUGAACUGUUCUGUUCAAUGAAUGCAUCGCUAAAGUGAACCUUAUUUUUUCGCCCUUAGAGGUCGUUACUCGUCUAUCUGAGGUUUGCUGUCAACAGGUUGUUGAUGAUGGAGCGCUUCCUGUUAUUUUUAAAGUUCUCAAGAAAUGUAAUCGUAGUCUGCCACACUUGGAAGUCAUCAAGUACUCGGUGUUAAUACUCUACAAUGUUGUAAAGGUAGGCAAAUUUGUCUUUGUCAUGUUGACUUAUUUCCUCUCUUCACAUUGCACAAUACUGGAAUAAAAAAAAUGUCUUCAAACCAGCUCCCAUUUGUUAUAGAGGUUCUUGCCUCUCGCGGAUAUUUUACUUUGACGUGGAUUAGCUCUUUUCCCAUUCGUUGACAUAGUCGAAAUGGUAAAGAAAAAAAUUUUUCCACCUACGUAUGUUUUAAAUGGUGGGGAUCACACCAAUGAUUAGAGAGAGACCAUUACUACCUCUUCAAUUUCUUCCCGUGCGCUGAGAUUAGUCAAGGCAAACAAAAAAGGAGUGACACAAUGCGCUAGAAUUGUAUUAUCAAUAGAGAGUGAAAGGUGCAAAAGGUUGGAUCUUGAUAAGUAAGGUCGUUAGUUCGGGGUGGAAAUUGACUCACCUUAAUUAUUUUUUUUAUUAAUUAACAUAUUUAUUUAUCAUUUCUUUAGUAUCCAUCCCUGUUCCGUGCCGUUUAUGAGGAACAGGAUUCUAUCGACACUCUGGUUCAUUUGCUGGUGAAUCUCAGGGACAAGAGUUUUAUUUUCUCCAAAACCUGCUGCCUUCUCGUCGUACUUUGCAGCUACUCGUCCAUUGUCCAGGACAUUCGCAACAUGCAGAAAAUAACUGAAGAUAUCAAAGGUGUCCAUAGCAUAACUGAACGAAACCACAAACUUGAAACAAAGCGGAACGUGAUGAAAUCCAAAGUAGACAAGACCAUGAACCAGUUACCCCCACCAACUCCUUGUAAACACACUCCUUUCAAGGGAAAGAAAUCCCAUAAGGUCAAAUGGCAGAAUCGACUGGACCUAGUCCAGGAUCCUUUGGAAGCUGUGAGACUACUCGUGCGGAAACUGGAUCUAGUUAAGACUGAUGAAUGACGCAAUCAUUUGAAGUUACAUACGUUAGUGAUCGUUACUUGAAUGGACAGCUUUAAAUAUUCUUCGUUCAUUUUUAUAUUAUACAUUUUACACGGUAUUAUUUUUACUAUUAACUUCUUACAAACACCAUCUGUUUUACUUCAUAUUCGACCAUGAAAGAUGGUGAUGUAUAUACGCGAAGGAAAACAAUUUUAUUAAGAAUUUUUGUCAUUUUCUCAAAUCGCGGAAGGUAUUUAGUGUAGAUAAGAACAAGAGCAAGUUGUAAUGGCCAUGAGAAAUUACUCUAAAUGACCUCUUCAAGUACAGUGAAAUAGUCAAACACGGAAAAACUCUCGUAAAAUAUUGUAUAUCCGUAUUGUUUUUAGCAUUUAACGUCAAAAAGGCCCUUUUACUGAGGUCGGUUCUUUCAACUGCAACCACAGCAAUCCACCAUGUAGCAUAAUUUUAGUUAGAAAAAGAUAUUCCAAGACAGGACGUGCAAAAACCGUUCGUGUACAGUACAAAACAAAGGGAAAGUAAAGUUUAAGACAGAAU